AUGCCGCCAAGCGCACACUCAGAAGAAGCAUGGCUGUGGCAUACAACAGUCUGCGAGGCGAUACAAGAGGUACCUCGAGCCCAGUGUCCGAGACAAGUCGGUGUCUGCCUCAAGCACCUGCCUACGCCGUCGACGGAUCCAAACAAGAAGAGCCCAGCCUUCCACAGCGGUAACGUGCCCUGGCAGCGCGUGAUCAACUCUAAAGGCGGCAUCAGUCCCAGAGGACCAGGCGCAGCUGGCCAUCAGGCUGAUUCUUUGCGGAGAGAAGGCGUGGAGGUCAGUGAGGACAGCAUGGGUCAAUACACUGUCGACUUUAAGUACUAUGGUUGGUUCCCGGAUGUGCUUCCAAGCGAAACAGGCUUGGUGGAGAGCAGCGACAAGGAGACUGUUGAGGAGGCAGCAGCCUACCAUACCUAA